CUUUGGUGAUGACGAACAGUCUCCUUCGGGCAGUGUAGUAGAAAAGAUCGGACCUAAUUGAACGAAAAUCGUCGUAAUCGACAUUGCCAGGCUUGCGUGUUGUGUUUCUAGUGGUAGUUUCUUGAACAAAAUUUUUUGGUUGUCGUGGAAUAACUACGUGUUCUCGUUAUAGAAGGAGAACCAAAGAACGGAAAAAAUGUUGCUGAAAAAAUUGUCUCUAACGGGUACCGCAACCAGUAACACUCUACGAAAAUGCCUCACCACUCAAACCAGUGCCGGUUUGUUAGAAUCACAAGAACUAUCAAAAAACAACGCCGAAUUCCAAGUGUACAAGAAACAGAGUUAUGACCAACUGAUAAACAUGCGAAAACAAUAUCUAACGCCAAAUAUCACUUCGCACUUUAGGCAGCCUCUACUCAUUCACAAAGGUAGCAUGCAGUGGUUGUUUGAUAACGAGGGUCGUCGCUAUUUGGACAUGUUUGCUGGAAUCGUAACUGUUUCCGUAGGACACUGUCAUCCGAAAGUUAAUGCUGCCUUGCAGGAACAAAUGAAUACUCUUUGGCACACGACAAACAUUUAUAUGCAUCCAUCGAUCCAGGAGUACGCGGAAAAACUUGUGUCCAAAUUUCCAGGGGAUCUAAAAAAUGUGUACUUCGUCAACUCUGGGUCGGAAGCCAAUGAUCUGGCAAUGAUGAUUGCCCGUCUGCAUACAGGCAAUCAAGAAGUUAUUAGUUUUAGAAAUGCAUUUCACGGUGCAUCUCCAUACACAAUGGGACUGACGGCACAUUCCACUUGGCGGUAUCCACUUCCUGGCAUUAGCAAUGGAAUUAUUCACGCUAUGAAUCCUGAUCCAUACAGUGGUAUUUGGGGAGGAAAUAACUGCCGGGAUUCACCUGUUCAAACCACACGCCAUUGCGAUUGCCCAGCGAACAAAUGUCUGGCAUCAGAUCAAUACUAUGAUCAGUUAGAGCAAAUCUUCAAGUAUUCAUUGCCCAGAGGUAAAGUAGCUGCCAUGUUUGCUGAAUCUAUUCAAGGUGUCGGCGGUACAGUACAAUAUCCGAAAGGAUACAUCAAACGAGCAGCUGAAUUGGUCAGAGCCAACGGGGGUCUGUUUAUAGCGGAUGAGGUACAAUCUGGUUUCGGAAGAACCGGAGAGCACUACUGGGCUUUUGAGGCACACGACAUAGUGCCCGAUAUUGUAACGAUGGCGAAGGGAAUCGGUAAUGGUUUCCCCAUUGGAGCCGUGGUAACCUCUAGAAAGGUGGCGGAGACUUUGUCACAGGCACUUCAUUUUAAUACCUUUGGGGGAAGCCCGUUGGCUAGUGUUGUGGGUAUGGCUGUUCUAGACGUAAUCGAGGAGGAAGAGCUGCAGAAAAAUGCACUUGAAGUUGGCACAUAUAUGCUUAAAGGCUUGGAAAAGCUACGCGACAAGCAUGAGAUAGUCGGUGAUGUAAGAGGAAAGGGUCUGAUGAUCGGUGUCGAAUUGGUUGCAAACAAGGAAACACGCCAGCACCUCAGUGCUCCACAUUUUGUCGAGAUAUGGGAGAUGUGCAGAGACAUGGGUGUUCUGUUAGGCCGAGGCGGUCUGAAUGCAAACGUUCUUCGAUUGAAACCUCCACUUUGCGUAAGCCAAGCUGAUGCAGACUAUACACUGACCGUAAUAGAUUAUGCUUGCUUGGCUCAUCAGAAGAAACGAAAGCGCGGAUGCAGAAAGUAGUUAUAAUCUAUUUAUUUACAAUUCAAACACUAAUUUACUAUGUAAUCUGUGAUUUAAUUUACUAGACAAAAAACAGUGGACAGUGUUAGCACUGCGUAGUUCAUAAGAAAUUAGGAUUACCACCGAGGGAACAUCUCUCGCCCGGUUGCAAUUUUGUUUGCGAAAUGAAAUGAUCCUUCAAUUCUCUGGCCUGUCGAUAUAUACAAUAAUUGUAAAGUAGUACCUGAUACAGAAAAAAAGUACGGAUGUGUAAUGUCAGAGACAUAACCGGAUGUUAUGAAUACGAAUAAAACUGACACUCUUUCUUUACACUUCCGAAUAUCAAUAAGUUCAAUGGUGGUUCUGAAAAGAACCUUAUAUGAAGACGUUCAUUUCUUCUAGUGCUUCAGACGGAACUGGAUGUCGAGGUGAAGUUCCCCCACCAACAUCAGUAAGAACAAACCAGGUAUAAAGCAUAAAACGCUCAGGUUAAAGAGAAAAGGAAGAUCCUGCUGCUGGUCGUUUGCAUUGGAGGAAAAUACAACGAAAAAUGGACAACAAUGAGGAACAUGCAAAAUCUGCCCUUCUAAUUGCUCCAAAUUUUAUCUAAAGAACUAUAAAGAUUCCUUAUUCGCAAAUCGGAAAUUAAAUCCAUCAGUGUGAUGCAAAUCUAGGAUAAUUUGAUUAGUUUGGUGCAAAUUCGCAAAAGUGUUUAAUAUCUUAGAGAAUUACAUAAUUUGGCCCUUCUGAAUGCCAGAAAUUAAUCCCGUACAGCCUUUUGAUACUUUCUUUCACUGAAAUAUUCAAAUCCAAAAUAAAUUAAUCAACAUAAAAAUACUGUAUGGUGCUAUUUAAAGUCAUAAUUGUAUACCCAAAGAAUUAUGCGAAAUUUUCCUUCACUAUACUGUGUACGGUCCAUUUUUCAACCAGUUGUAAUUUGUAGUAGAACCUAAAUAAAUAAAAUAAAAUACACUGACUCAGAAUAGAUACGAACUCAACUCGCCAUCACAAACGUCUUCAUAUAAGGUUCUUUUCAGAACCACCAUUAUUUAUCAUAAAGAACUAUGCUGGUUAUAUCGUAAUAUUUAAUUGUAUGACAGAAUGUUUACUGUAACUAAUCUGUACUUUUGUUUAGGUGUAUCGUUUCAAAUUCUAGUAGUGAAAAAGGGGAAAGCUUGUACAAUUUACACAAUCGGUCCACUUAUUGAUGUUCGGAAGUAUAAAGCAAGAGUGGCAGUUUUAUUCGUAUUCAUAACACCCAGUUAUGUCUCUGACAUUACACAUCCGUACUUUUUUAUCUAAGUUUACCCUUCAUACUCAUCCAGUAGAUAAUCGGAACUGAAAUGUGCUUGACUACCUCAAAACCGACGUCCGGGUGCGAAAAAGGCAAGCAAGCGUGAUGAAAUUUCCUCAUUAUUUCCAAAAGUUUCAGAAAAUUUUGUUUUUUAGUUAUUUAUGGUUAUCUUACGCUGUUGAAAAUUUGAUCACAAAUUCCUGAUCAUAUUUCAGAUAGCUUGUAGAAAAAAUCAUGUUGUUGGGUUAAGUACAUCAAGAGAUAUUCGUGAUAAAGUUUUGCCCUUUCUUGUACAGGGUAAAUUUUGAAAAGGCGUCCCAUAGUAAAGUAAAUCGUAUUCACGACAAAAAUUACUUUAAGAUGUAUGUAACUUACUAACGAUCUUAUCGACAGAAUGCGUGAGAGAUGUUUGUCAAGUCAAGUUACAUUCAUCCUUGUUCAAUGCCUUUCAUACUAAAAGGAAAAAAAUAUGAGAACAUUAUUACCAACAGCUGACAAGAGUGAGCCUAGAUGCAAUGUGAAAAACGAUAGUCGAAUCGGUCGAAAGCUUAUUUCGAUUAAUCAUAGACCCACGAUCACAACCUAGUCUCAAUAGUGAAAGAACUAGAAUAGUUUGAGCUAUGUUAAGAGGCGAUGUCUAGAAGUCGACAGUCAUAUAGAUGACAACCCUAUGAAAAGCUCACCAUUUCCAGUCAUUCCGGUAUGGAUCAAGUUCUACUGAUCUGUAUGUACAGAGAUGAAUAAGCACAGCUUUAGUGGAAACCGGGGAGACUUGUUCCUGUUGUUGAUAUUUCAAUCCAGCACAUGGAAAAAAGAACCAAUUCCGAUUGAGACACUGAAGAAGCCUACAAGUAUGUACUAGACAAAAAACAUAUCAGUCCGAAAAACGGGGAAAAGUUAGUAGGAAUAAAGGAAAGAAUUUAUCGAAUUUGAGCUUAAAAAUAGACAAUUAUCUCUAAAAAUAGCAGUUCCAAAUAUGUCAUGCUUUCUUUCGUAAGCCGUGUAAAAGUAUAACAUGGCCACGCGCGAGUAUUUCUGGACGGUAAAAAACAUGAUUAUUUCUCAUCCUAUAUUGGGUGACAUCAAAUUCGUGUCUUCUAUAUAAAUACAUCACUCGAUCAAAAUACAGUUCGGAAAGUUCACAUUCGAUCGAAGUAUUCCGAUUUGAUCGAAAUAUGAAAUCGGAAUGAAUAGCCUAAAUAAAAUAACUAUACAAAUCGCCGUUUUGUCGAGGAAUGUUGUUUUUUUUUCUUCAAGAACAACAAUUUUUGUGAUUAACAUUUUGCAGUACUUUUGAAAUUGUUGUCCAGAUAUAAUUUUUAGAAACAGUCUUUUGUGAUAGCAAUUUGUUGGAUGAAAAGUUUCUCUAUCUGCUUACGUAAUAGAAGUAAUGAAUAAUAGAAGAAAUAAAACACAGACUUGAAGAGUUGUAUACUUUAUGAUUUAUAUCUUAAGAAUAACUUAUGUUUUAGGACACAAGAUACAUACUUUCUUCACUUAUUAAAUUGAUAUAAUAUUGAUGAAAUGUAGUGACAGUAAAGUUACCUAUUGGUGUAACGAAAUAGUUAAGUCCUGCAAUGACAAGUACAAGUUUCUUUUACCGUUUAUGCCAGCCAUCACUAGAUGUCACUGUUGAUAUCAAUAUUUUUCAUACUGGCUAUCGGAUACGUUUUAGCUAGCAACAAUUACGUCCUCAAAGUUUACAAUCUACUUUUAUUCAGAUUCUAUAGUCUUUUAGUACCAUAAUUAUUGUUGUAAUUACAACGUACUGUUUAUAUCUAAACAUUGUACAUGAACAGAAUAUAAAUAACAGAUAAUAAAGGAACAUGCAAAAUGCACCUCCGACAUGACCAGUACUUCAUGUCGCGAUUAGGACAGUUUGCCCUACUCUAACUAUUCACUAGACAGAACCAUGCUUUUAUCACAACAAAUGUUUAUACAUAAGAAGCAGUUGAAGAAUGAACGCUUGAUAAAAUGAAAUGCAAUUGAAUUUUAUUGAGUUCGUUUCUAUACUGACGGUUUUAAAAUGUGUUUGAUAUCAAAAAUAAAAGCUUGCUCUGAUAUGGAAUUCAAGUUUAUUAUUUUUUAUUAUGCAGGGUCCUACUGCAAAAGAGAGCCUCUCUAUGUUCACCUCUCCUCCGUGUUUUAGAGAGCUGUUUUGAAAGUUUCUAAUAGUAUUAAAUCGUAAGUUUAUGAUUUUGACUUGAAGUAAUGCGUAGAGUUGAACUAUAAACGUAAAAGUAAUACAGUAGUUUGUUAGUGAAGUAUACUACCGCUCCAAACAUAAUUGUAUAUAUAUAUAUAUAUAUAUAUAUAUAUAUAUAUAUAUAUAUAUAUAUAUAUAUAUAUAUAUAUAUAUAUAUAUAUAUAUAUAUAUAUAUAUAUAUAUAUAUAUAUAUAUAUAUAUAUA